AUGGCCCCUUGUCAUCGGUGCGGCUUCGGGACAAGGAGCGGCAGAGGACAGGGAUGGUGCAGCAAUCCGCAGUGCCGCCAAGCCGAAAAAGAGGAGUGCCUGGCCCAGAAGAGCGCAGAGAAAAUUGUUUGGCAGCAACAACGGGCAGCGCAGGGAGCGGGCAGUCGUGGACCCUUGCGCGAAGAGAACAGCAGAAAGGCAGAGCGCCGACAGCUGCAUGAGGAAAGGGCGCGGGCAAAGGCAGAGGAGGAAGCAGGCGGCCGUGGACCUUUGCGUGAAGAAGACAGCAAAGAAGCAGAGCGCCGACAGCUGCGUGAGGCAAGGGCGCGGGCAAAGGCAGAGGAGGAAGCGGGCGGCCGUGGACCUUUGCGGGAAGAAGACAGCAAAGAAGCAGAGCGCCGACAGCUGCAUGAGGCAAGGGCGCGGGCAAAGGCAGAGGAGGAAGCGGGCGGCCGUGGACCUUUGCGGGAAGAAGACGGCAAAAGGGAAGAGCGCCGACAGCUGCGUGAGGCAAGGGCACGGGCAAAGGCAGAGGAGGAAGCGGGCGGCCGUGGACCUUUGCGGGAAGAAGACAGCAAAGAAGCAGAGCGCCGACAGCUGCGUGAGGCAAGGGCGCGGGCAAAGGCAGAGGAGGAAGCGGGCGGCCGUGGACCUUUGCGGGAAGAAGACGGCAAAAGGGAAGAGCGCCGACAGCUGCGUGAGGCAAGGGCGCGGGCAAAGUCAGAGGAGGAAGCGGGCGGCCGUGGACCUUUGCGGGAAGAAGACAGCAAAGAAGCAGAGCGCCGACAGCUGCGUGAGGCAAGGGAGCGGGCAAAGGCAGAGGAGGGAGUGGGCGGCCGAGGGCCCAGGCCCAUCGCCUCGGAGAUUCAGCAGCAGGGCUACCCUUUUCCAGACGAGGACACCUUGACCCAGGAGCAGGCACAAGCCCAUUACUUGGCUUUUGCGCGGAGCUGGAGUAGAUUUGGCCUUUCUCGCGUGUGCCAGAAGUGCCAGACUCUAACACCAGGGAGGCACUGCAGAACAGCCAAAGGAAGUGGCCAGCUGCUCUGCAGGAAUUGCCGCGAGAAUCGCACCAAGGUGGUUUUGCCAAUCCCGGCCCCCAUCCCAGAAGCACUGCAAAGUCUGCAACCCAUCGAGCAGCAUCUCCUCGCCAUGGCACGCAUCUCGCAGGUCUUGUUGGACAAGCUGCCAUCAGGCGGCCCGAGCGCGCAGUGGGGUCGCAUGUACGCAGUGCUCAUGCAGGAUCCUUUCAUCUGCGACGUCCUCGAAGGCGCCACUUUGGAAGAAGACGGUACAGUGCUGGUCGAGGGCGUGGACGGCAUGACCGCAUCACCAGCGCGUUUGGAGCACCUACACGCGGCCUUGCAGGCCUUGAAGGAACUGCACUGCCUCUAUCAACGGAGCCCGGCAGUGGACAGAGCUCUGGCGAGAAUGGCUGCCAUCCUCGCCAACAAGACAUCCGCUGCGGCUGCGGUGCCAACAGACCCACUUGCGGGAACAGAAGCAAACCAAGAGAUCGAGAUGACAUACCUGGUGCCGAAGCAAUUCCAGGCCCCAAAAGCCGACGUACAAGAUUUGCGAAAAGUGCGAGGAUCCGCAGACCUCAGCGAUGGCAUGGAUGCAAAAUUCUUCCCACACUUGUUUCCCACCGGCACAGGAGGCUGGAAGAACGACAACGGAAGCUUUUCCCAAUAUGCCCGGAAGCGUCUGCUGAGCCUGGAUUCCCGCUUCGAAGCGUCCACGGCCUACAUCAUGUGGCUGCUGGAGAUGCAGACCAAGAAGCGACUUUCCGGAAACAUCAACGUCCGGAUCGGCAACCAGCGGGUGCCCUACGGCAGUAGCGACUACGAGAACGGUAGCCGUCAGGUGUAUGCUGCCUUGCGGGACAUGCCUGGCACGCAGCCGUACCUGUACGCCAAGAAGGGAGUGGCGCUCAACAUGUACGAGCAGCUUGGCGCUCCCAACUUCUUCAUGACACUGUCCUGCCACGCGCGCCAGCCUGCGUUGCUCCUCGCGGCUAUCUCGGCACGGCUGCUGCGGCUGCAUCCCGACCGCCCUCAGGCAGAACUGGAGCAGCACGCUGCGGAGAUCCUAUUCCGCUACCAGAAUGACAAGAACUUCACUUGGGAUGGGUUGUCGCCCAACCAGUUGUGCAACCAGCAGCCGGCAGUGGUAGCGCGACAAUUCAUGCACCAAGUCUCUCAGCUGAUGUGGUGGCUGUCCAGCACGCGCGGUCCGAAAGUCCACCUGCACGAAGAUGCUGAUCCACAAGAUGGAGUCGAGGAGAACGACUGCGAGGACGUGGAGGACGACGCCCAGGCACCCGCCACGGAUUUUGCAGGCCUUCAUCGCCGCAUGCGCAAGGAACGGCCUCCUUUCAAAGUGUUGGACUACAUCAUUCGCAUAGAAUGGCAAAAGCGGGGCUACCCCCACGCUCACAUCCUGCUUUGGAUCGAAGAGUGGGCCAAAGCAAAGCAGCAGCCAGACAAGAUGGCGCCCGACGGCGAAGACUCCGAACAAGCAGCGGAGACACCGGUUCCAGACUGGUCUGACGAAGAGGCCAUGGAGAACUUCAUCCCCAAGUGUGCGGAGGACCUCAGCGACAAGUACAUCUGCACCAAGUCCCCGAACACGUGGCGCCAAUCCCACCGCGUACCACCCAGAGAUAGAGAAGUGAACGCAAAGCUGUCCGCAGAGGUGGUGCACAACCACACGCCAUAUUGCGGCAUGUACUCAGAAGGCGCCUGUCGAUUUGGAUUUCCACAUGAUGCAGAGCCCCGGACUCGGCGUCGAACAUCGCAGGAGCAGUACGCCAACAGCCGCUGGAAGAGCAGCCUUGCGACGAGACGAGUGAAGGGAGACAGCAUGAUGGGACAGUACAACAUUCGAAUCUUGAGAAGGUGGAGGGCAAGCAUGGACUGCAGGUCAUCUGCGAGCUCACCAGCGCCAGUCGGUACAUACUGGGCUACACUUUCAAGUCGGAGGAGGAUCGCGAAGCGCAGCGGCGAAUGGAAAACAUCCUUGCCAUCCUAA